AUGCUUAAUGAGAGAUCCCGAGAAAUCAUUUUUGGUUCGGAAACUCAGCAAUCUGAAGACUCAGCAAACAUAGGAUUGAAACUGGACAACUGGGAACAUCCGGACACUAGUGCAAUACUCAGUUGGGGGAACCUGAGCAACGCCGACAUCGGCGGGUUGACCACCGGUGCCGUUCUAUUUCUAAUACUUCUUCCUGCAAUAUUCUUAAAGGAAAUGUGGAAGGCACGAACAUCAGACCUUCGGGAGGUGACUCCAGACACAGCAGAAUGUUUCCUUAACCCCCUUGGUAGAUCUGUUCAUCAGGACAGGGUAGAUCAAGACCAGGAGUCUUGCCAAGUUGUUACAAUCCCUGCCGAAGAAACGGUAGUCGACCCUGCCUCUGAUACCUGGCCCAGUAGCCCGCAUAAGCUACACCCGAGAACCUGCAUUUGGUACCUUGAGUGGGUAUGGGAAAUUCUUCUUACUCUCUUGCCCAUUUUCUUCAUUGCUCUUUGUAUUUUAGCACUGCUCCUUGAUGGUCGACCGCUGUCAAAUCAUGGGCAAGCAGUGCUAGAUAUAGCUCGUCUGAUACCCACGGCUUAUCCUAUAGUAUUUGCUGCGCUGGCCAGUCGAUUCUACAAAAAUCUGGCUCGCUGGUAUGUAGAGCGGCCUAAUGGUGUCAAUCUUGCUGUUCUUGAACAGGUGCUGGGCAGUCAAAGCUUUGCAGGAGCCCUCGAGCGGCUUCUAUUUGUACGCACCCAAGUACAGAUGGGCGCGAUCAUCCUAAUCAUAUGGGCGAUGUCACCUCUGGGAGGGCAAGCCGGUUUGAGAAUGGUCUCUACUAGCAAAGGUUCCUCCAACAUCACCGGGAGGGCUUGGUAUCUCCAGCCAGGGUCUCACCAAUCCCGGUUCGGGCUUUUAGAAAUAGAGGGCGCCACAAAGGGCAACAUGUUUGCAUUGUACUCUUCCAGUCUCCUAUCUUCUUCAAAGCAAAGGCGAUCUCCAAGCGAUCUUUGGGACUUGCCAAAAGUUCCACAAUGGACUGCGGCAAGUAGUGAGUCUUCCUUACGCGAUAUAGAUACUGAUGCGCUGGUAGAUGGCGAAGCAGAAUAUAUCUCUCUGCUAGGAACCAAAAUACAAGGCUUAGACGUUACCGCCUCGAAUGUCUUCUACAGCUUUUUGAUAACUACGCCAUAUAUAGACCUCAACUGCUCUGCCAAUACCGGCAUAUCUUUCGAGGCUAGCCCUUACCAAAAUAUCCUACAAUCAUUGGGAAUGUCGCCAGAUUUAAACGGAUCUUCCUUCCGCGCAAAUCUGGAAGAGGACGAUGAUUCCCGUCUUCUCUUUGCGAGUUUGGAUUACUCGAAUGCGUAUUUCGCGCUCUUUAACUGUUCUAUGCGAAUUGUUACAGUUGAAACAGAAAUGCAAUGUGCCCCUAGCAAUUCAUUAGCGAACUGCUCAGCAAAGCGCCAGCGACUUCUGGGCUCAAAGAGAGUGUUCUCCGAGAAUAUCUACGGUCCCUCGAAUGAAAUGAGGAAGGCCCUCGAGUUAUGGCAGCACGCCGACAGUUCUUCAGCAAUCUACGCGGCAUCGCCAACAGAUAGUUAUCUCGCUGGAUAUCUAUCACCUUACGCCGGACACAAUCUUAUCAUGUGGUCCGAAGUCGACGUGGGCAAAUAUUCCAGGCGUCUAACUACUCUUUUCAACACCUACAUGAGUGCCUCUAUAAAUCCGAUGGGCCAUACCGAUGUUUCGUUUUCAAAAAGUUGGAAGAAUGGCCCGUCCCCUUCUGGAGAAACAUUGAAUUCAAUUGCAGCGAGUGCGACGAUUGUUUUCGAUGUCUACGAAACCAGUAGAGCCUGGGUAGGCGUAGCUCUCGCAGCUACACUGCUGCUUCAAUUGCUCGCGGUACUUGGGCUUAUGUUACGAGCUCUAGUCAAAGGGCCAGACAUACUAGGAUACGCGAGCUCUAUGACAAGGGACAAUCCGUACAUAAACUUGCCUGAGGGUGGAUCGAGUUUGGAUGGCCCAGACAGAGCUCGACUGCUAAAAGGGACUCGGAUACAGCUUGCAGAUGUGCGCCCAGAGAAAGAAAUCGGCUACAUCACUCUGCGAGCAGUUGAACCUGGAUACUACACGGAUGGUGGCAAGGAUUACAAAGUUAUGAAUAAUUGGCGGCCGUUUACCCGUGGAAGAUUGUAUACAUGA